CCGGAGCGGGCGUGCGUGUCCCGCAACAUUGCUCCCCUCGCUCGCUCCGCCCCGGCGCUUGUGGUUCCGCCUGCCCGCCUGUGGCUCAGCGCGCCCAGCCUGCUUCUCGCUGCUUUCGCAGGUCACUUAGUCUGAACCCGGGAAGACUGUUCUGAAGGAAUGGUCACGCUGGGUUUUAUCUCGGUUUUCAGCCUUCCAUUGACUGUGCUGUCACUUGUCAUCCGUCUACAUUCCUAACCGUCUUCUGGCUAUACUUCAGUGCUGUUUAUCUCUUGGAGGUUUUGCAUUUUGGCACACUUAAGAAACCCUCUAAGAAUGAAAUAUGACUGAUGAUUCUCAGAGAAACUUUCGAUCAGUCUACUAUGAGAAAGUGGGGUUUCGGGGAGUUGAAGAAAAGAAAUCCCUGGAAAUCCUCCUGAAAGAUGACCCUUUGGACAUUGAGAAGCUUUGCACCUUCAGCCAGAGGUUCCCUCUCCCAUCCAUGUACCGUGCAUUGGUAUGGAAGGUGCUUCUAGGGAUCUUGCCUCCACACCAUGACUCUCAUGCCAAGGUGAUGGCCUACCGCAAAGAUCAGUACUCUGAUGUCCUUCAUGCACUGACGGUAGUCCGCUUCGUCAACGAUGCCACCCCUCAGGUUGAAGUGUAUCUUCGCAUGUACCAGCUUGAGUCUGGGAAGCUGCCUCGAAGUCCCUCUUUUUCACUGGAGCCGGAGGAUGAUGUCUUUCUCGCCAUUGCCAAAGCCAUGGAGGAGAUGGUGGAGGAUAGCGUUGACUGUUACUGGGUCACCCGAUGCUUCGUGAAGCAGUUAAAUAGCAAGUUCCGGGAUUCUUUACCUCAGCUGCCCAAGGCUUUUGAACAGUACUUGAAUCUGGAAGACAGUAGGCUGCUGAGUCACCUGAAGGCCUGCUCUGCCGUGUCCAAACUUCCUUAUGAUCUCUGGUUCAAAAGGUGCUUCGCCGGAUGCCUGCCUGAGUCCAGUUUACAGAGGGUCUGGGAUAAAGUUGUCAGUGGAUCCUGUAAGAUCCUAGUCUUUGUCGCAGUAGAAAUAUUACUAACCUUUAAGAUGAAAGUCAUGGCACUGAACAGUGCAGAGAAGAUAACAAAGUUCCUGGAAAACAUUCCUCAGGACAGCUCCGACGCUAUUGUGAGCAAGGCCAUCGACUUGUGGCACAAACACUGUGGGACCCCGGUCCACUCAGCCUGACAGCUUGUGACUUCAUGGAUGGUCUGCAGGCCCUCCCUGAGCACCCUGUCCAUGUCGUUACUAACUGUAUAGAAAUGGUAAUCUCGCUGUGGUGCUCAGAAUGCUCCCUCCACCCCCACUCAGUAAAAUAAUUUAAUCACAGUGCCUGGUGCAGCAGUGUUGUGAAGCAGUGUCUCUUGGCGACAUCGACACACAGCUCUGGGGUGAUAUUUUAAAAGGGUAGUCAGGAAAUCCCUCCUGGUCCUUAGGCAGCUCAGGUGCAGCCUGGGUAUCCAGUGAGAGGUACAGUGAAGCCCGCCUCCCUCUGAUGAGCACCAGGCACAGGUUAGACACUUAGAAGGGCCUCUUUCUGGAAAAAGAACAGCUUUCUUUUCUCGGCACUUCAGAUUUGGCUUUUGCCUUCUGUUGUCCUAGAACGUGUGCUUUCUCAUGUCUUGCUAAACUGACUUACAAACAGUCCUUGCAUCUUCUUACAUGUUCCCUGCUCCUUUCACCAGCUGGAAUGAAGUCUUUUUUUUUUUUUUUCUUUGAGACAGGCCUCAUUUUAUACCUUGCUUUCUGGAACUCAUUAUAUAACUGGCCUUGAACUCCUGGCAGUCCCCCACCUCAGCCUCC